AUGGAUGAAAAAAAAACUGGCCGAUACGACCGCUCGUUUGUCCCGAGGGUGUCGAGAUUGUGGAAAAACCUACAAGAAAAAGCUUUUCCCUGUUCUACUAACCUUAGGCAGUUCAAAAAUCCUAUUAACAAAAUUUCUGUGGGAUCAUCAUAG